AUGUCCGUAGCUGCCGGUGCCGGUGCCGCAUAUCGUCGGCAGAGGAGGAGGAGGGGGAAGUUUACUUAUUCAGUUCGAGAAACCCUCGGAGAAGGCAUCCUCGUCCACUUGGAAUCUUCAUCACCACAAAAAAAAGAAAGCGAGUAUUUUUUUACUAUUUUUGCGAAAAAAAUCUGUAAAGAGGCCUAUAUCGAGUUUCUGUUUUUACCUGUACUUGUACUAGAUUUUAUCGUUUGCCGUUUGUUUUCGCAAAGGUCGACAAAAACCUCAAACCGCGAGGUGACACAAAAGACAAAAAAAAGAAACCCAAAGAAGCAUGGUGGAAUCCGUACCCGAGCAAGAGAAUAUCACUAAGAAUAAGACGCACAGAGAACAACCACAACAAUUAAUUCCCGAGAGAACAUUUUUUCUGAGCGUUAUCCCCAGUUUCACCUAAUUUUCAAGAAGUGCUUCGCUGCUUGCUACACGUCGCAGCGAUACCCUGCGAUGAGAAUAGAACAGUGCAGCUCCGCUGCAGCUCCUUCCACUGGCCGGGGAAAAGUAGAAAGCGCGAAAUUAAUUCGACGGAGCAGACGAGAAAGGCAAGGGAAGAAUCUUCUUACAACUCAUAGUUCAUAACUCUGGUUCCUCGACAAGCGACGCUUGGUUUGUUCGUUUUUUUUUUCCUUUUUGUAGCUUUCGAUUUUCCAGCACUUGUCUUCUCGUCACCAUCGUCAGCAAAGGUCAGCAGCGCGGUGUUUACUUACAUACAACUCCAGCUUCCUGCGUCGAUGUUAGAAAGUGAAACAGAAAAACUCUGAUGCUGUUUGUCGUUGGUGGUACUACAUGCCACGCAAUCUAGUCAAUGUCAAUAUCGUC